AAUUAGUCAAGUGAUUUUAUAAAUAAAACGUCAGAAAAAAGUUUUCAAGUUUAAAAUUCGCGCGGGGUAAAUGUCAAACAAGUGUCAAAAAAUCAGUCAUUUGCACUUAACCUCACUUUUUAUUUUCAAUUUCGCGAAAAAUCUUAAUAACAGGAUGACUUUAGUUUGUGUGAACUUGAAACAAAUUCUCCAGCACACAAAAAACAUUUUUGGGGUUUCCAUUAGGGCUGCGAGUAAGAAAACUGGGGGCAGUACGCAAAACACACACACCAAAGUGCGCCCCAAACAUCGUGGAUGGAAAGUCCAAGACGGCCAUAGGGUUGAAGCAGGUUCCAUUUUGGCCACUCAAAGACACUUACGUUUUCAUCCCGGAUUAAAUGUUGGUUUUGGUCGUAAUGGGACUUUGUUUGCCAUGGUGCCAGGUCGCGUUUUGGUCACAUGUGAGAAAGUUGACCUCAAUUGGACUCAUACUUGGGUCCAGAGGUGUCACGGCUUCAGACAAGAAAAGGAGUUUUUUAAGAAAUAUUUUAACAUUUUGCCAGACAAACAACAUCAAAAUUUCAAACUAAUUGAUCAAUUGUAGUAAAAAAUAAAGUCCUAGGCAUCUA